AUGACUACUCAACAAUCAGAAGGCGCGCUUCUCAAAGAGAAGCCGCUCCAGGCCAUCCCGGUUGGCAAGGAAGGCCCGAAUGGGAAGCUCGAAGUUAAUGGCCACAACCCCGCAACCUCUCCCAACCUAGCAUCUGAGUCCGAUAAGUCGCCGGAGUUGAACGGCGAAGCGGAGCCAAACCUCGAAUCGCUUCGCAAGAACGACGCGGCAUUCUCGGCUAACCAAGCUUUACCGAACGCGGCGCAUGUCGAUAGCGAAGCCGCAAAACCCAAGGGGGCUUCCGAGAACGACAUUGCGAGCGACAUGAACAAGGUGAACAUGGAGGACAUUUCGGCCGCUCGCGAUACCGACAUGCCCGACGCGCCUGCCCCCGACCUCAAGACUGAGCUGGUAUCCGAAGAAAAGGACGAGAAGACAGUCGAGCUCUCACCAAAGUCCAAGCCUAACUCAGAGUCGGAAACUCAACCAACCACCGGGAACGAGGAGACAGGCGUCGCCCCGGCUGAUGCAUCAACAAUUAAUGCGAGUGAGGAGAAGAAGGAAGAGGAUAAAAAAGAGCUGAAGAAAGAACAAACGAGUGAGCGGAAAGAAGAUGUCGCAAUGGCGGAUGCGCAAGAUUCCAACGAUGGCGCGCCAGGAUUGGUUGAGUCGACGAACGGCGGACAAGAAACAACCCCCACGAAGGUCGUGCCCAGCACCACUACCGACGACGCGAAUUCUGCCGCUGUCGAUUCUGUCAAAGCUCAGUCCCCCGACGCGACCGUCGACGCAACCAUGUCGGAUGCCGCGCCGCUAUCAGCUAAGGCCUCGAUCAAGCGGGACAUCGACAGUGAGGAUGAGCCGGCUGCAAAGAGGGCGAAGGUGGAGCAUGCGGCAGCGCAAGACCAGGUGCAUGUGAAGACCGGCCCAGUAGAGGCCUCCACACCGAGCGAUGAGAAACCCGUCGUCAACGCAACCGCUUCCAGCAGCGCGCCACCCAAAAAGCUCGACGACCCCUCUCUCGACGACUCACCGAUGACUGAAUGGCAAAAUAAACAGAUCAGGACUGUGCUUGCUGGUGUCAAGAAGACGAAGGUCGGAAACCCCUUCCGACUUCCAGUUGAGACUCUCUGGCCCACCGUUUGGACCGAUUAUUCCCUCAGAAUCACAAAUCCUACCGACAUUAGCACGAUGGAGAAGCGCUUGCGCGGUGAUGGGAGCCACUAUGCGAGCAUGGGCGAGUUCAAGCAAGAUCUGAACUUGCUGGUGCAAAACGCCGUUACGUUUAACGGGGAAGGCCACGACGUCACCUUGCAGGCCAAAGCGUGUCGCGAUGCCAUCCUUGCACGUAUGGCCACGUACCCAGCUGUCGAGCCACCAAAGCCCGAGCGCAAGGAGACGGUAAAAGCUCACACUACCCGUCACGUUGAGCCGCGUGUCCCGCUAGCAGUUUCCACACCCGGCGCGAAUGCCGGCGCUGGGCGUGCGUCCAAGGUUGCCGCCCCUAGCCCAUCACAGAAGCCUGUGCCGGAGUCACCCGCGUUCGCCCUCCCGCCGGGCAGCAAUGGCGUGCCCCUUAUCCGCCGUGAUUCAACGAAGCCUGACAGCAGAGCCAAGCGGCCCGUGAAGCCGGCGCACCCCAAGGACCUGGUCUAUGAUACGAAACGCAAGAAGAAGUUACCCCUUGACCUUCGAUUCUGCGAUGAGGUUCUCACUGAGCUCCGCAAGACGAAGCACUACGAGAUCAACACCCCAUUCAUGCAGCCCGUCGAUCCGGUGGCGCUUAAUAUCCCCUCGUAUCACAAGAUUAUCAAGAAGCCGAUGGAUUUGCAGACCAUGACCAGCAAGCUGAACUCGGGCGAGUAUCAGUCGUCGAAGGACUUCGAGAAGGAUUUUGACCUCAUCAUCAAGAACUGUAAGACGUUCAAUGGCGAGGAACACAUCGUCUAUGCUCAAGCGCUCCGACUCCAGGACUUGUACCGCGCUGAGAUGUCCAAGAAGGACGAGUGGAUGGCGAAACAUGCGCCAGUGUCCACCGCGGCGGCUUCGCACGCCGUUGGUAAAGACGUAUCCGACUCGGAAGACGCCGAGUCUGAGCCGGAGCCCGAGGCCGAUGACGAACGCAAGCAACUCGAGAACCGCAUGGCUACUAUCCAGAAACGUCUCCAGGAUGAGCAGAACAAAGUCAACGAGAUGGUCAACUCGGGCACGGCCGACAUUACGGAUGUUGAGAUCGCCCAAUCCGUAGUCGCCAUGCUGCAGAAGCAACUUAUGGGGGAGCGGGCCAAGCUCGCCGCCCUGCCGGCCAGGAAGGCACCCAAGGCCAAACCCGCUAAGUCCAAGAAGGCUGGCGGUGGUGGUGGUGGGGCGGGUGGCAAGAAGGCUAAUGCUGGCGGUGGUGGUGCUGCGAAGAAGGGCGGCGGCACCAAGAAAGCUGCCCCGAGGAAGAAGAUGGGUCAGGUCGAAAAGGAGGUUAUUAUCGCUUCCCUCAGCUCGCUUGACGGUCCUCUUCUUGACCGGGCCAUUGACUUGAUCAAGAAGGACACCGGUCACCGAGAAAACGAUGAUGGUGAGCUUGAGCUAGACAUCGAGGCCAUCUCCGAGGAGGCCCUUGUCAAACUCUACGACAUUGCCAUCAAGGCGAACCCCAAUGCCCGUGCUGAGAAAGAACGGGAGUUGGGGCUCACCGCGACAGUGCAUGCCCAGCCUGAGCCAAAAGCUAAGGCCCCAACCAAGUCGAAGAAAAACAAGCCGAUGAGCAAAGUCGAACAGGAGCGCCGCAUCCAGCAGCUCAAUGAGCUCCGCGCGCAAGCGGGUCGCCAAGCCUCCGGAAGCCAGGAGCCGAUGGAGUCCAUUGAGGGCAACGGCCAGGACCUGCCGACGCAGCAGGAACAGGAGAACGAUAGCGAGGACGAGGUCGACUCGGAGGAGGACUAA